AUGCUGAUCGAAACAGGAACGGUUGUUGCGUUGUAUACCGUUGGCGGCAUCUUUGGCUCGCUUUCGUGCAUAUACUUGGGAGACCUGCUUGGACGGAGAAAAGUCAUCUUCUGGACGUCGGCUGUUUCAAUCAUCGGGGCUGUUCUCAUGGCCAGCUCGUACAGUCUUGCACAGUUCAUUGUUGCUCGUCUUGUCCUCGGUGUCGGGACGGGUGGCUACGUCGCGACAGUCCCCGUCUGGCAGUCUGAAAUCUCGCAGGCGAACAAGCGUGGAGCACACGUCGUCACUGAUGGAAUCUUCAUUGGCGCAGGCAUCACCAUCUCCCUCUGGAUCGACUUUGGCUUCUACUUUGUAACCGGCAACUCCGUCUCCUGGCGCUUCCCGCUCGCCUUCCAGGUCAUCCUCUCCCUCCUCGUCAUGGCGUUCAUAACCAUCUUCCCCGAAUCUCCCCGCUGGCUCGUCAAGCAAGGCCGUAUCAACGAAGCCCGCGACAUCCUCGCCGCCCUCGCCGACGUGGCCCCCAGCGACCCCUCCAUAACCCAAGCCCUCGCAGACAUCGAGCGCUCCCUCGCCCUAUCUGGAUCUGGCUCCUGGCGCGACAUGCUCAGCAUGGGCGAGCAGCGCCUCUUCCACCGCACCGUCCUCGCAGCUGCGGGCCAGAUGUUUCAACAAAUGUGCGGCAUUAAUUUGAUAACUUUCUACGCGACCACGAUCUUCGAGCAAUACCUUGGGCUGAGCCCACUGCAGUCCCGCAUCCUCGCGGCAUCAAUGUGCCUCACACAGCCCCUCGGCGGGUUCCUCGCCUUCUUCACAAUCGACAGGCUAGGCCGCCGCCCGCUCAUGCUCUGGAGCGCCGCAGGCAUGUCCGCCUCAAUGGCCAUCCUGGCUGGAACAACGUCCCUAACAGGCAACACGGCCGCCCUCGUCGUGGCAGUAAUCUUCCUCUUUGUCUUCGAGUUCAUCUUCACAGUCGGAUACUCCGGGUUGACAUUCCUCUACGCGACCGAGGUCGCGCCGCUGCAGCUCCGCGCGGCGAUUAGCGCCGUCUCAACGGCUGCAGUCUGGACGUUUAAUUUCCUUCUCGCAGAGGUGACCCCCGUCGGCUUUAAUACGAUCUCGUACCGAUAUUACAUCAUCUUUGCGGUGCUGAACGCGGCGAUUGUGCCGACGGUGUACUUUUUCUUUCCCGAGACGAAUGGACGCUCACUUGAGGAGAUUGAUGAGAUUUUCCUGCAGUCGCGCAGUGUCUUUGAUACAGUGCGCUUGGCCAAGACACUUCCGCCUAUGCAUCUUGCUGAGAGUGUCGAUGGGGCUGGGACGCCGGAUGUUGUCGGGAGGAAGAGUAUUGAGGUGAAGGAUGUUGAGCGGUAA